AUGAAAUUCAUUUUGAUAUUUAUUAUUGAUUUUUACAUCAGUGGAAUAAAUACAUUUGUUCCUCCUCCAAAAGCAGAAGUAACUGCCAAUCUUGUUAAUAAUAAAAUAUACUUUAAUGGUGGAUGGAAUGGCAGUUCAUCAUCAGACUUUUUUUUCCUUGAUGUCUCAGUACCUUUUACGACGAACAAUAUAGCAUCAAUGCCUUGGACAGAUCUUUCAUCAAUUCCUGGUCUAAUAAUCAGAAGUGGUCAUGCAGCAUGUAUGAAUGGAACGAAUAGCAAUUUGAUUGUUUAUAUUGGCGGAAUUUUCGUGAAAGAAACUGAUUGGAAUUUUACCUCUGUAUUUGAUAUUACGGCACAAAAAUGGAGUAUACCAGUAACAUCUGCAUCUGGGAAUCUUACUUAUAGAGAACUACUCUUUAUUCAUUGUAUUUCUUCAGGAAAUAGAAUAUAUGUUUAUGGAGGAGGUAAUAACGUAUUUAGUAUGCUUAAAUUAGAUGUAACUAAUUUAGUUUGGUCAAUAUUACCUGGGCUAUUUGCGCCUCUUGCGUCUGAAGGUUAUAGUGCUACGCUCUUAAACGAUACAUUUAUAUUAUAUAUCGGAGGUGGUCAAGGUUUAAGAGAUGCAAAUCCGGACAUUUUAUAUUCUUCAUUGGAUAAG